AUGUUUUUUAAUUUGGUUUUUUUGGUUUUAUCAUUGUUACUAUUCUUUGACUUGAUUUAUUAUUAUUUUUUAUAUUUUUUUUUAAUAGGUCUUGUUUAUUAUUAUAUUGUGAAUAUUAUUAUUUAUGAUUAUUUCUUAUAUUUUUUUGUAGAUAAUAUUUCUUAUUUAUUGGUUAUUUUAUCAUUUUAUAUUAUUAUAUUAAUUAAUAUUUAUUUAUUUAAUUUUGAUGAUAAUAAAAUUAUAUAUUUGUUUAAUUUAUUGGUUUUUUUCUUAUUUUAUUGUUUUUUUGUUAAUAAUUUGAUUUUGAUAUAUGUGUUUUUUGAGGCUUGUUUAUUGCCUUUGAUGAUUGUAAUUUUUUUAAAUGGGUUGACUAUAGAGCGAUUAAAAGCUAGAACAUAUUUGAUACUUUAUACUCUUUUUGGGUCUUUUAUUUUUUUAUUAAUAGUAAUUGUUAUAGAUGUUUCUUUAAAUAUAGUUUUAGUUAAAUUGAAAGCUUUUAAUAUAGAGACUAGCUAUUUAUGAGUUUUAGGGGUUUUUAUUUUUUUAAUUAAAAUACCUAUAUAUGGGGUUCAUAUUUGAUUAACUAAAGCUCAUGUUGAGUCUCCUGUCUACGGGUCUAUAGUUUUAGCUGGGAUUUUAUUAAAGUUAGGAGGAUAUGGUCUUUAUUGUUUAAUAAAUUAUCUUAGAAUUGUGAAAUUUAAAAUUUUGAGAUGUAGUAUUUUAAGAAUUAGAUUAAUAGGGGCUUUAAUAAUUAGUGUAAUUUGUUUACGUCAGAUGGAUGUAAAAUUGAUUAUUGCUUGUUCGUCGGUUAGACAUAUAAGAAUAGUGUUAGGAGGAAUAUUUUCUUUUAGUGAAAUAGGGCUAUGAGGGAGAGUGGGGCUAAUAUACGCACAUGGGCUGUGUUCAAGAGGAAUAUUUUUUUUUAGAAAUAUCUUAUAUGAUCGUUUGUAUACACGAAAUUUAAUUUUUUUUAAAGGUUUAUUUUAUAUUUAUCCUUUUUUAGUUUAUUUAUGAAUUUUAUUUAAUUUAAUUAACAUAGGUUUUCCUCCUUUUAUAAAUUUUUUUUUUGAGUUAAUUUUAGUUUUUAGAAUUAUUAAUAAUAGACUAUUUUUUAUUUUUUUACUGUCAAUUAAUUUAAUAUUAGUUGUAUUUUAUAGUUUAUUGUUAUUUUGUCGGCUAGGGCAUGGGAAUACUUAUUUAUAUCAAUAUAUUAUUAAAAAUUUAAGGUUUUUAGAAUUAAAGAUUUUGAUCUUUCAUCUUUUUUAUUUGUUUUUAUUUUUAAUAAAAAUUAGUUUUAUUAUUUGUUUGGUUUAA